AAGGCUACUGCCGUCAUGAAAUGAACUCGUUCAGCAUGUAGUCCGUGAUAUCUACUCCAGUUAAACGUGUAUAUCGAUACAAGGUCACGAGGUUAUUUAGUAAUCAAUAAUAUAAUCGAUAAGUCCACAGGGUGAGCCGCACGUGAGCUGGUUAGCUGGUUGGUAGCCUUGGUUUGCUUAGCUUAGCUUAGCUCCAGAGCUCAGCUCUACGCGGGUUAGGGGAACUCCGCUUUAUCGAUAAGCAUGGCGCUCAAGUCUGGAGAGGAGCGUCUGAAGGAGAUGGAGGCGGAGAUGGCUCUGUUUGAACAGGAGGUUCUCGGCGGUCCGUUGCCGGAGAACCCGAUGGAGGAGAUGAUGGAGGAGGAGGAGGAGGAGGAGGAGGGGCCCACGGCGCUGUCUGUGCCCACGGUCGAGAUGGUGCGAUCCAUCAUAGGAACCAACACCUACAGACAGGUCCAGCAGACACUAGAUGCCAGAGCUGCUUGUUUCGUUGGUCCUCCUCCUCCGAUCUGUCCAGGACCAGCUGAGCUUUUCAUCCCUCCGGUCCGUCCCAUGCUGAGACCGGCCUUCGUCCCCCACAUCCUGCAGAGACCUGUCGGCCAGAGGAUGCCGAUGAUGAUUAAUCCUCCGAUGGCACCUCCGAUGCCCCGGCCUCCUCCGCCUCCCCCCAUGAUGCUGCCUCCUAUCAUGCACAGCCAGACGCACCCGGGUCCCUCUCAGCCCAUCCAGCACAUGGUGGCGCCGCCUCAGGUCCGCAACAUGGUCCCCAACAUGGUCCCCAUGGGCUCGGCCCCGCCCUCCAGACAAGGAGGCCCGCCUCCCGUCAAACAGACGCCGUCGAUCAUCCAGGCGGCGCCGACCGUGUACUCCGCUCCACCCGCCUCGUCUGGACAUAAAAAAAUUGAUGUUCGAGCUCAGAGACAAGCCCGAAUGGAGGAGCUGGCGGCGCGGGUUGCCGAGCAGCAGGCGGCCGUGAUGGCGGCCGGUCUCCUGGACAAGAAGGAGAGCGAUGACGGCGCCGCCAUCGGACCCAACAUGCCGGAGCCGGAAGCGCCCCACGAGGUGCGUAAAGAAAAGAAAAAACCUGUGGAAAGUGCUACGGAGGACAAAAAGAGAGCGAGGGUGGAGAAGGUGAAGAAGUGCAUCCGCACUGCGGCGGGGACGAGCUGGGAGGACUCAAGUCUGUUGGACUGGGAAUCAGAUGAUUUCCGUAUCUUUUGCGGUGAUCUGGGCAACGAGGUGAACGACGACAUCUUGGCCAGAGCCUUCAGCAGAUACCCGUCCUUCCUCAAAGCCAAGGUGGUGCGAGACAAGCGCACAGGGAAGACCAAAGGCUACGGCUUCGUCAGCUUCAAAGACCCCAACGACUACGUCCGGGCCAUGCGGGAGAUGAACGGGAAGUACGUCGGCAGCCGGCCCAUCAAGCUGAGGAAGAGCAUGUGGAAGGACCGCAACAUGGAGGUGGUGCGCAAGAAGCAGAAGGAGAAGAAGAAACUGGGCCUCAGAUAGUGUGUGUGUGUGUAUGUGUGAGUGUGUAUGUUUGUGUGGACCAACGACGAGUCAAAUCUGUCCAAUCAGGAGACGUACUGACAUUUCAAAGGUGUUCACUUUUUUUUUUCCUGAAAUAAAAACAUUGUUAUGGUC